AUGAAUUUGCAACGCCUCUCGCUGCGCGCCAAGAAGCGCCAGCAACGCCGAGCCGUUCAGUCGGAAUACGUGGAUGCUCCGUUAAAUGCUUUCCCUCCAACAUGGCGUUCAAUUGCUCAACGAAACCCCUCCUACCUCUCGGCGACACUUUUACAUAAAGACACGCUGCGAACAAGCCCGCGGGUAUCGUCUCGGCUC